UUUACAAAUUUAGUUUUGCCUCAGCCGCAGUUAUCAUCUUUAUCAGUAAAAAAACAUGAUUAUCUUUCGGUAAUGUCUCAGAUACUUUGUUAAAUUUAAUGAAAGCAAAGCGGUUAGUAAAGCGAACCUCAUGUUUCUCCGGAAAAGUGCCACGUUAAAAUACCUCAUAGCGGUACCACUGGCUGUGUUAUUUUAUUGCGAGUGGUUCGCAUUCGUUAUACAGCCUCUGUUCUGGCAAGAUUUGGCCUGCAAGAAUGAAGAGUCUUGCACAAAAAUACUCUUUAUAGCAGAUCCUCAAAUACAAGGCGAAAUGGCCGUUUCAGCUCCUCUGAGCGUCCUUUUUAAUUGGGAUAGUGAUCGAUAUUUACGGUCCACAUUCUCUGUUGUGCUGAAACACUUCAAGCCUGACGUGCUUGUGUAUUUAGGAGACCUAAUAGAUGAGGGCUCUGUGUCCAGUUCAGCACAGUUCCAUGGUUAUGUUAAGAGGCUUUCCAACAUAUUUGAUGUCUAUUAUCCUAUUGUGCAAGUAUGGCUGCCAGGUGACAACGACAUAGGCGGUGAAAACGAACCAAUCAAUCAGAAUAAAGUAGCAGAAUUCAACAGAGUGUUCGAUCAGCCCUCUGUGAUAACUUUCAGGAAUAGCACCUUCUAUAAAGUCAAUUCUAUAAUGUACAAAGUGCCUCAGGGUCCUGAUGACGCCGAUCUCAACGUGAAGAUAGCUGUAUCACAUUACCCUGUUCUAUCUAAGGGUGUUUUUGGGAAACAGGUUAACAACGCAAUACAUCCGGAUAUAUACUUCUGCGCUCACGAGCACGUUUCGAAGUACAUGAAGCAAAAGAAAGAUUUUUCCUCCAAGCACACAUACUUGCUGCAAUCUGGCGACCCAGUGUUGGACGUCCGCUUUGAUGAAGAUUUCUUGUACGAAGUAUUCGUUCCCACAUGUUCAUAUAGAAUGGGCACAAGUAAAAUUGGAUAUGGAGCAGCCAUUCUGGAAAACCACCAUAGUCUAAGCUACACAGUGUUCUGGUCGCCGCAGAGGUUUCCACAUCUGGUGGCUUAUCUGAUCGUGGCAGCGACUGUCGCGUUGUACGCCGGCUGUAGCUGUCUUCUGCGACUGAUCUCACGACAACCCAGACUAGUCAGGACCGACGAUAUACUACCUCUUUUACACCGAAAGUAGUGGAUUUACUAUUUUACUAUCACUGGACGGACUGUUGUCAUUUUUUUUUGUAUUAUAAGGGAUAAAAUUUACGUGUCCACCUUACAAAGCAAGACAGCAGGGAAAAUUAGAAAUUUACCCCCGUUUAUUACAUUACACAUAUAUCAUUUGGAUAUUAUUUCCUCCUCGGAGAUUCAUUGAGAGGCCAAUGAAAUUAAUAAAGCUGUGGGAGAACAAAAAAUCUGUCCUUUCCCCGGAGAGAAAACUGUGUCGAGCCAAUGCUAGCCAUUAGACAUAUACUUAUUCGAUCGCGUGAAAGUUAUCUACCAUUUAUAUGGAAUCUAAGGAGUGCAAUCUAGUGACAAAACUGGGAAAUGAAAUUGUCACUAGAUGCGGCUAGCAUUUACAAUAAGUAAAUCGGGGUAGGAAAUAACUUGGCUCUCAGUUCGUUAACGCCAUUUUGGCGCUGUAAGCUGUGGAGCUAAUGCGAGUGUCCAAGGAACUUAAAUUUGAAUGACUAAAUAUACGUAUGUAUAUAUAUAUGUUCUAGAGAUAACCGUAUGUCAAAUAUGGCGCUUCAAAUGGGAACGAGAUUGCAGUUUUUAUUUGCAUAUCUGUCUGUAAUACAGGCCAGUGUUAGUUUGAAUUUUACCAUUUUGGAUGAUGACGUCAUGGGACAAAAUUAGCGUUCUGUUUUUACCGCCUUUGUACCACAGGUAAAAGAAAGUUUUACCUUUUCAGUGGUAUCAUGGUAUAAAAUCGAAUUUAAGAAAUUCCUAAUUUUAUUAUUGCAAAUUUUCUACGUUUAUAUGAUGUUUGUAAAGAAAUAUUAGAAAAAUAUAUUUUUUUUUUGCGGUCUAACAAGAAUAAAAUUCUCAUUUUGACUGUUGAUGUCAUUUUGCGAAGAAUGAAUAAGAACUAGUAAACUAUACAAACAUUUCAGUCUUAGACAUGCCUUGAAACAGAUAAUCUAUACCUGUUGAGCUUACCACUUUGAUGCUUUAGAUUUAGUUAUUCAUCAUCUUAGUCACCCAUCACACCUGAUGAAAUUUUGCAUAACGCAUAUAUUCAAAAAAAUAUAUAAAGACAAGGAAAUAUCAAUGAUUUAAAUAUUUGUAUUUUGUACUUUGGCUUACUAUGUAAGUUGUGAAAAAUCAAUGAAUUUAUAUCCGCCAAUUUAUAAUUUUAUAGGAAUCCCUUUUUAAAUUUUUAUUCACGUGAAAAAAGUCAUUUUGACAGGCAGAAAAAAUUCUUUUUUACAAAAAGGCCUAUCAUAGGCUCUAGAAAAUUGUUCGUACGUAACAUAUUGAAAUUUUGAUAAAUUUGUUUAUUUAAAAAAGGGGCAACGUACUAAAGUAAGAGUUACUAUUAUACCAAAUUAGCAUUAAAACUGGUAUUAUCACUCAAGGUUUUAGUUUGUUUUGUUCAACAACUGGAUAAGUCUAUCUAGGAUUUCUGUUUUCUGCCUCCAAAGAUCUUGCCCUUUUCCUACUUUAUAUAAAAAAUACCCAUAUAAACUUGCAUGAAUGUGGUUAAACAUGACAAAGGAAAACCAAAAAUAAGUCUACCAGUUUUGAAGUUAUACUUCUUUUGGCGCGUUAGGGAAAAACGAUGCGCGCGCACACCGUCACCGUCUUAAAGGUUUGAUUGACAGUGUACACUUACAAUUGUCAAAGUCUGCAGGCUAAUUCCGGUGAUUAAAAUCAUUGAAUUGUAAAAAAAACUCAAAUUCUAAUGUUAAGUGAAACUUGGUUGU